AUGAAAACUGGGUACCGAAAGUCGUCUUCGAAUAUACCUCUGAAAAGCUCCAUCCGUCACUUCCUUCAAAAAUGCCGUGUAGGACUUCACAAAAUUUCGAGAGAAGCGCUGGAUAGCGAUUCCGCUGAGGAAAGCAGCAACGUAAAUGGACUCUUCGAAGCUGACCCCAAGAGACAGGGAUUACGAGAGCGUGUGAGCGAAGAGAGAAAUAGCAGUACGUCAGUCACUCUUACAAGAGAAUUGCGCCUCACAGACGAGGAAGACGAUGAACUAGAGCCGGACUCUAUGGACAACAGCGAAAACGACCCAAGCGCCAAAGAGUUACAAACAUUUGCCACCUACGAUGCUGUACAAGAAUGCGCCAAGCUGCGAUCUAAGGUCGGUGAACCUUUUGCACAGGGCGAUCAAAUUUGGCAAAGAAGACGGGAGCUAUGGGUUAAACCAACAGAGGACGCACAGCCUAAGUUAGCAGAAAGGAAUCGCGAAAAGUUCAACGAGAUUGCUCCGCGCCACUAUGCACGCAUUUACCGGAAGCUGGUAGUAGAGAGCAUCGCUCUGAAACGGUCUCUGAACUUGCAAGAUGCUAUCAAAGUGAUUAACGCAGGUUGGGUGGAAACACAGAAAUGGGAGAGAGCUGCAAAUGGGCUGGCCUGA